CUCGUAUCACGCUGGCAGCCAUCCGCAGCGCGUGACAUGGCCAGCCAUCCAGAAGUUGCUCACGGUGGGUUGCAUUUCGUACGCUCGGUAGCCAGCGCCCUUUGCGCAUGUGCAGCACCACGAGCACGUCGUCUCCGUGUCCCGAGCCGCUGCGCCGCCCAUCGCCGCAGAUGCACCGUAGAUCCGGCGACGUGUGCGCGAGAAUUCCGUGGAAUUCUGCCGUGUCAGCCAAUCAGACUUGUGUAUGACUCAUAGAGGACCGGGCAGGCGGCCGCCAUACGAUCCAAUGGCCUCCGACUCCCUGGACCAAGGCGCACGCGACACGGAGCGCAGCCAGAGGUGCUCGCACUGGGACAUGCUUGCGGAUGUGGCACACGCUGUCUUGCUUCGAGACGCCGGCGGCAAUCGCUAAACGGGUAUGGAGGACGAAGCCAAGGCGAACCGUCUGCGCCGGCGGCGUGAAUACCGCAAGCUCGACGCCGCCGGGCUCCAGUACCUCCGCGACCGCGUCGUGCAGCUCACAGCGCAGCUCGAGCAGCUCGAGCGACGAUCCAGCCCACCAGUCGCGCGAUCGUCGCCCGCAACGAUGCUGGCGUGGCGCGACGUCGCCGGGGCGCUCGGCGCCGAUCUUCGCGCCGUGUGCGCCGCCAACGCCUCGCUGCGCAGACAAGUGCAAAGGAACGAAGCGUUCCAGAGAGCCAUGCACGCAUGGGUCACGCGUACAAGCCACGUGCACGGGCACCCGUCGCCGCGCCUGACGUGGCAAGACGCCAGCCUUCCGAUAGACCCCGCGACGCGCCUCGAGGCGAUGGAGUGGAUCACGCACCGCUUGUUUCACAACAUUGACGGGCUCAUGGCAGCGUCCGGCUUGCCGUACACGCACGACAACUACCAGAGCACCACGGUGACCCAGCUCGAUGAGACGUAUCGCAUCCAGGGCUGCUCGGUGCGCUACGUGCACGCCGACGUUAGCGCUGCGGCGGCGUGCCUCGAGCAAUUUGCCAAGGACUUUCCACCCUACUUGGAGGCGCGGUGCCUCACCGAAACGGACGAAGUGCUCUACACGCGGUACCUCUCGCCGUACGGGCUCACGGUGCAUUUGCCGUUCGUUCAAAACGUUCUCCAGCGUCACUACUUUGACGGACGUCGGUACAUCUCGUUCCGACACUGCAUCACUGACGACGAAGCGCUCCCCGCCGACGACCUUGUGUGUGGCUGGACCGAAUGGACAGUCGCAGAGUCGGUGGGCGAGAACGUGACCGUCAUCAAAGAGGGCUUUUUCGCCACCGGGCUUCGCACACCGAGUGGCGAGUACAUUCGCAUGGAGGCCGUGUCGCCCGCCGCCGCCGCCUGCGCCGACCCCGCGAAUCGGCUUCGCUGCAUGCAACACGAAGCCCAAAUGCGCUUUGCUCAGUCGUUCGAAGCCGACACGGCGUACUUCAACGCGCUCCUCAAGGUCCACGCGCGUAGCCUCCUGGACCGAUGACAGAUUGUGAACGAUAUGCAUUCUUUGAUUACUUGCGC